GGAGAGGGCGCGUGAGAGCUCAUCAACAUCUAGGGGGAGCUAGACCUGAAAAAGAGGCCGGUUAGCCUUUGGCCCCCGCUUUCAAUUCUCAUUUCAACCUCUUCGCCGCCCCCAGUAUCAAUGCAGGAUCCUUGAUCUUCCAGUCCCUGCGGAUCCUGGCUCUGAAGUCGCGCUAGAAGCCGCCUACGUGUGCCUUGAACUACAAUGACAUCAUGGCAAGAUUUCGCAGGAGAACGUGCAUCAUUCUGGUGCUCUUUAUUUUAUUCAUAUGCUCCAUAAUGAUGGCCUUGAAAACUUUGAGACCUGAAAGAGCUGGGUUUGGAGAUCCAUUUGGCCUUGGCCUAUUACCAGAUUUUCAGCAACGGACAACACAUUUAAGAAAUAAGUUCAACGUGCAGAGCGGAGCUAAGGAAGAAAGUUUCACACACACAAAAAAUGUGCACCCUUUAACAAUGAACUUAAAAAAACCCACCGUUUCUGUAAGGAAACUAGAAGAACACCUGCCUUCCCCAAAUUACAACUUUCAUGUGUUUUACUACAGCUGGUAUGGGACACCACAGUUUGAUGGAAAAUAUAUUCACUGGAACCACCCAUUGUUAACACAUUGGGAUCCCAAAAUUGCAAGUGAUUAUCCAAAAGGAAGGCACAGUCCUCCGGAGGAUAUUGGCUCCAGCUUCUAUCCUGAACUUGGACCUUACAGCUCCAAAGACCCUUCUGUCAUAGAAGAGCACAUGAAGCAAAUGAGCUCAGCUUCCAUUGGGGUAUUGGCCCUUUCUUGGUACCCACCUGGAAUGGGUGAUGAAAAUGGAGAACCUGUUGAUGCCCUGGUACCAACAAUUUUGGAUAUUGCACAUAAGUACAAAUUAAAGGUCACUUUCCAUAUUGAGCCAUACAAAGAUAGAGACGAUCGCAGUAUGUACAGCAACAUCAAGUAUAUCAUAGACAAAUAUGGAGCCCAUCCAGCCUUUUACAGACAUAAAGUCAGCACAGGUAGAACCCUUCCCAUGUUUUAUGUCUACGAUUCUUACAUAACAAUCCCUGAAAUGUGGGCAAAUCUGCUUACUGUCUCUGGAUCCCAGAGUAUACGCAAUACACCCUAUGAUAGCUUAUUCAUUGCCCUUCUUGUGGAAGAAAAACACAAGCAUGAAAUCCAUAGAAGUGGCUUUGAUGGAAUUUAUACAUAUUUUGCCACCAACGGCUUCUCCUAUGGCUCAAGCCAUCAUAACUGGCCAAGUUUGAAAGCCUUUUGUGACACGAAGAACUUGAUGUUUAUUCCAAGUGUGGGCCCAGGCUAUAUAGACACCAGCAUUCGACCAUGGAACAGCCACAACACACGGAACCGCGUCAAUGGCAAAUACUAUGAGACUGCGUUCAGCGCUGCGCUUCUGGUACGCCCUGAAAUAAUCUCUAUCACCUCUUUCAAUGAAUGGCAUGAAGGAACUCAGAUUGAAAAGGCCAUUCCGAAGAGGACUGGAAAGGCAGUUUACCUUGACUAUCAGCCGCAUAAGCCAAAUAUUUAUUUGGAGCUCACUCGUAAGUGGUCUGAAAAAUACAGCAAAGAAAAAGAGCAGUGGCUUACAUGAGGUACAUUUCCACUUGGCAGUUCCACGAUGGGCCCAUCGCUGUGUCUUGCUGAUAAAUCAAGAACGUUUUAAUUUGUGAGGAUAUCGUCAGCACUAUUGCUAUAGCUUUCCGAAGAGAAAAUGUUCACUUUUAGAGUAAUGAUAACAAUGGCAAGCAAUAUUAGCCCCUCGGGUUCUUAUAAUAUAUUGAUAGUGCUAAAUACUGUCCCUUUUAAUGUUCUGUAUAUUACCAGUACACUGUCUAGAAUAUUUGAUUUAUAACUCUAGUAGAAUGAUACAGAGCUUAUUCCAGCUUAAACAGUUGCU